ACGCAACAACAAGACUUAGUACCCGCCGCGCGGCCGCCGCACGCUGGGAAACAGCAGGUCCGCGGGGAACUUCGCCCUAGUACCGCCCCCCGAGCAGUUGUUCCGCGACAGCGCCUUGCGCUCGCCGAGGCUCAGGGGCGGCAUCGCGCGGACGCGCGCGCAGUCGCCGAGCGACCGCAGGAGCGGCACCAACGCGCCGCCCUCGCGCGCGAAGCGGCUCCGCUCGUACGCGUAGACGGGCUGCCGCACCUGCCACCGUCGCAACCCGUCGUUGUUGUUGAAGGACGGCACGCGCACCGCGGCGCUCUCGAUGAACAACGACGGCGCGUCCGGCGACGCCAGGUGACCGGGCACGACCUGCUGCAGGAUGCUCCGCGAGUCCACGGCGAAAUCCGCCAGGUCCACGGUCCAGUCGCGCGCGCCCGGCCGCCGCCACCGCGCUUCUUUCUCCAGGACCUGGCAUCUUUGUUUUGCCAAAUACGUCGCCAACCGAGGCGACUCGGCGCACGCGCGCCGCAUCAGGGACCAGAUCUGGUUCGGGGCGUCGCGCGUGCAGAAGACCAGCCUCGCCGCGGGGAACCGGUUCCGCAGCCGCGCGAAGCGGUGCACGUCGCGGAGACCACUCAAACGCGUCCGGAAGACGGACCACUCCGGCGAGCACGCCUCCUCGUGGUGGUCCGUCGGCCACCUUUCGUCGGUCGUGGUCGGCACGGGCAGGCCGAGCCGCCGCGCGAGCUGGGCUUGCAGGAUGGAGGUGCCCGAGUGGUGGUAGCCCGCGACCACUAUGAGACGGUCGCCGUCGCACAGCAUCUCGAGCGGGCUCCGUGCCCAGGCGGUCGUGACGAGGAGCGCUGCGAGGCGUGCCAUUGGGCUGCCUUAAUCUGUUGUCCGGCGCGGCGGCGGCGCGUUGCGUGUGUCGCGGCUGCCCACGGUACUGGAUACCAGAGAUUUAGGCCGCAGCGGGAGUGAUUUCCGCUUUCC